UCGAAUGUUCCAACAUAAGGGCAAACUGCUGACGAGUAGAAUACAAAUGCGGAGAUGUUAACUCAAAGCCCAGAUAUUGGUUGUUGGAAAUGGCCGAAGACAGCAAACAACAUUAGUCGCUGUUCGUUUUUUCUCUUCUCAGUGCGUUCUUCCUCAUCCUUUUCUGUACCCCAACGACCCAUCAGAUAUGCAGUUCUUGGCGCUGGGUUUGCUGGGUUGUCCGUGGCUUGGAAUUUGCUUCAACACGGCCCUAAGGAAUCACAUAUUCAUGUUCAUAUUUAUGAUGAAGUUGGCAUUGGUGGAGGUGCAUCUGGAGUUGCUGGUGGCCUUCUGCAUCCAUACUCCCCAAAAGUGAAGCUUCUUUGGCGGGGUGAAGACUUGUGGAAAGAGAGUUUAUAUCUCGUAGAUAUUGCUGAAAGAGCAUUGAUAAAUGAGGGCAAAGGUGCAACUCCGGAAAAUAGCGUAUCACCUAUAAUCAGGAGAAGAGGGAUCUUAAGACCUGCUGUCAAUAUGAAGCACAUUGGCAUAAUGACAGAAAAUGCUCAGAACUGUCUUGCCAAUUGCAGAAUUGAGCUUUUGCAUGACGAUGCCGCUCAAAAGCUCGUUCCCAAUUUAUCGGUUCCUUCAAACAUGGCAUUUUAUAUGCCUGAAGCUCUGAAUAUAAAUGUGCAAAACUACCUUCAGGGUCUAUACCUAGCAUGUGAAAAUCUAGCAAAUGACAUGUCUACCUCGGGUCAUGGACAUCGAAAAUUGAAUUUUCACCAGGAAUCGGUUGAGAGCCUUAGAGAACUAGCAGGGAACUUUGAUGCAGUUGUUGUAUGCUUUGGAGCAAGGACUGCUUUCUUGCCAGAAUUACGUGGAAAGCUGCCUUUGCGUACGUGUAGAGGCAUAAUUGCUCAACUUCAACUUGGUGAUGAUAUUAGAGAAGAAAUCCCGAAAGAAAACCCUUCGAUUUUAUCCGAUGCAUGGCUUGCAGUGCACGGAGGUCGCCACAUGGAUCUUGGGUCCACGUGGGAUUGGAACUCGAUAAAUCACUCGAGGGAUGUUGGCAAGGAUGAAGCAAGCAAGGCAAUUGAGGCCCUCUUCCAGAAGGCUUGCUUGGUGGUAAUGCCGCCGCUGACUGAGUAUGGAUCACUUCCGAUCCUCGGAAGUCUGGACGAGCUGGUUGAUGUGGGGCCCGCUUGCAAGUAUUGGCUGUUUACGGGCCUUGGCGCGAGGGGACUUUUGUUCCAUGGUUGGUUCGGGAGAGUGCUUGCGCAGGCGGUACUCGCGUGUGACGAGGGUUUGCUCCCUCAUCACUUGACUUCGUGGAAGCAAGCGUAG